AUGGAAGUAGAUCAUAACGAAGAUAUGUAUUCAAUGCAUAACAGUGACUUGAGUGCUCAUGCUGAUGAUAGAAACUACCGUCAGUUGGAGGAAAGAUUGAAAGCUGUAGAGGGACAAGGUGUUUUAGGGAUGGACAUUACUGACCUGGGACUGAUUCUAGGGGUAAGGGUUCCACCUAAAUUCAAGGUUCCUAUCUUCGACAAGUAUACUGGUACAACUUGUCCAAAGACGCAUGUUAGAGCUUAUUACCGCAAGAUGUCUGCUUACUCUGAAGACGAGAGGCUGCUAGUGCACUUUUUCCAAGAUAGCCUAGCUAGGGCAUAUUUGGAAUGGUAUAUGUACUUGAAGAGAACGUACAUUAGAAAAUGGAGGGAUUUAGUGGAAGCAUUUGUGAAGCACUACCAAUACAAUAUUGAUAUGGCAUCAAAUAUGACCCAAUUGCAAAGUCUGACUCAGGGUCAAAAUGAACCAUUCAAGGAAUAUGCUCAGAAGUGGCGUGAGCUAGCUGCUAGAGUUCAACCUCCAUUGAUGGAGAGAGAACUGGUUAACAUGUUCAUGGGUACCUUACAAGGUCCUUAUUAUGACAGAAUGGUGGGUAGCACGUCCACUGGUUUUUCCGAGUUGGUAAUGGCUGGAGAGAGGAUUGAAGUUGGUCUCAAAAUGGGAAAGAUUCAGUCAGCCAAUGCUGGUAGUUCUGCAAGUGGAGUUGGUAAGAAUUUGUUUAGUGGUUACCCGAAGAAGAAGGGUGAAUCAAGCGCUGCUUAUGCUCAGAGGAGCAGAGAAAGACAACCAUACCAACCACAACAUCAAUAA